AACAGAGAUUUUAUUACUGGAGUAGCAUACAUAUAACUUAAUUAGAGCCGGUUUAUGGCGGUCAUUCUAGAGUUUUUCAACAUACUACUGUACUAGCACCCACAUCAUAACGUAAGACUGACUGUUAAAGAAGGAAAGUUGGGCAGGUACCAUAUCCAACCGAAAGUCUACCUUAUAGAAAUGAAAUCACUGUAGUAGUAAUUCCGAACACCAUAAAAUCAUCAUCCCCGAUCAUAUUUGGGAUUUCUUCUCUUUGGUAAUCCAACUUUCCUCAUUUCCAUAAAAACAGAAUGAUAAGAUUAAUGGUGUUUUGUUUGAUAAUCUUCGUCCCCCUCAUAUUCGGUAUCUUACAGCAAAAGAUGGAAGCAGAUUGUAUGAUCUCUAAAGGUGACAAACUUAUACUAAGAGGCUUGGUGUUUCAUGGAUAUCAUGGCGUUUUACCAGAAGAGAGAACUCUGGGUCAGAAGUUUGUGAUUGAUAUGGAUGCAUGGGUUGAUCUUCGUGAACCUGGUAAAUCGGAUAACAUAAAUGACAGUGUAAGCUAUGUGGAUUCUUACAACAUUGUGAAAGAUGUAGUGGAAGGACCUGGUUAUAAUCUCUUGGAGACGGUGGCUCACCUCAUCGCCAAAAAAACACUUGAAAGGUUUCCUCAAAUAUCAACUGUUCGCGUGAAGCUUGGGAAGCCUCAUGUUUCCAUUCAAGGUCCCGUUGAUUAUUUAGGGAUCGAGAUUGUUAGGUCGAGAGAUUUGUUGUCUUAUACUGAGCCUUGUACUCAGAAUGGUCUUUGAACUGAUUUGAUAUCCUCUUUGUUGUCCUGCCAGUUUUGGUUAUCUUUUAACUGGUUUCAUUUUAUAUAUCUGCGUAAUAAUAAUGUACAUUUAUGUACAAAUUCAGUCGA